GGCGGAAGUGACGGGAAGGUGGUAGUGGGGUAGUUGGCGGGUGGUUGAGCACAGCCGGUCGCCAUGUCCGCGGGGAGCGCGACGCAUCCUGGAGCUGGCGGGCGCCGCAGCAAAUGGGACCAACCAGCUCCAGCCCCGCUUCUCUUCCUCCCACCGGCGGCUCCAGGUGGGGAGGUCACCAGCAGUGGAGGAAGCCCUGGGGGCUCCACAGCUGCUCCCUCUGGAGCCUUGGAUGCAGCUGCUGCCGUGGCUGCGAAGAUCAAUGCCAUGCUCAUGGCCAAAGGGAAGCUGAAACCAACUCAGAAUGCUGCUGAGAAGCUUCAGGCCCCUGGCAAAGGCCUGACUAGCAAUAAGAGCAAGGAUGACCUGGUGGUAGCCGAAGUCGAAAUCAAUGAUGUGCCUCUCACGUGUAGGAACUUGCUGACUCGAGGACAGACUCAAGAUGAGAUCAGCAGACUCAGUGGGGCUGCCGUAUCAACUCGAGGGAGGUUCAUGACAACUGAGGAGAAGGCCAAAGUGGGACCAGGGGAUCGACCGUUGUAUCUUCAUGUUCAGGGCCAGACCCGGGAAUUAGUGGAUAGAGCUGUAAACCGAAUCAAAGAAAUUAUCACCAAUGGGGUGGUGAAGGCGGCCACAGGGACAAGUCCAACUUUUAAUGGUGCAACAGUCACUGUGUAUCACCAGCCAGCACCCAUCGCUCAGCUGUCUCCAGCUGUUAGCCAGAAGCCUCCUUUCCAGUCAGGGAUGCAUUAUGUUCAAGAUAAAUUAUUUGUGGGUCUAGAACAUGCUGUGCCCACUUUUAAUGUCAAGGAGAAGGUGGAAGGUCCAGGCUGCUCGUAUUUGCAGCACAUUCAGAUUGAAACAGGUGCCAAAGUCUUCCUACGGGGCAAAGGUUCAGGCUGCAUAGAGCCAGCAUCUGGCCGAGAAGCUUUUGAACCUAUGUAUAUUUACAUCAGCCACCCCAAACCAGAAGGCCUAGCUGCUGCCAAGAAGCUCUGUGAGAAUCUCUUGCAAACAGUGAGUUACGUUUGUGUCUUUCAGAAGAGUUACUGCCAUUUGGGGGUUCAUGCUGAAUACUCUAGAUUUGUGAAUCAGAUUAAUACUGCUGUACCUUUGCCAGGCUAUACACAACCCUCUGCUAUAAGUAGUGUCCCUCCUCAGCCACCAUAUUAUCCAUCCAAUGGCUAUCAGUCUGGUUACCCUGUUGUUCCCCCUCCUCAGCAGCCAGUUCAACCUCCCUUUGGAGUACCAAGCAUAGUGCCACCAGCUGUUUCAUUGGCACCUGGAGUCUUGCCAGCAUUACCUACUGGAGUCCCACCUGUGCCAACCCAAUACCCGAUAACACAAGUGCAGCCUCCAGCUAGCACUGGACAGAGUCCGCUGAGUGGUCCUUUUAUUCCUGCUGCUCCUGUCAAAACUGCCUUGCCUGCUGGUCCCCAGCCCCCGCCCCAGCCCCAGCCCCCACUCCCGCCUCAGCCUCAGGCACAGAAGAGGCGAUUCACAGAAGAGCUACCAGACGAGCGAGAAUCUGGACUUCUUGGAUACCAGCAUGGACCCAUUCAUAUGACUAAUUUAGGUACAGGCUUCUCCAGUCAGAGUGACAUUGAAGGUGCAGGAUCGAAGCCGGCAAGUUCCUCAGGCAAAGAGCGAGAGAGGGACAGGCAGUUGAUGCCUCCACCAGCCUUUCCAGUGACUGGAAUAAAAACAGAGUCUGAUGAAAGGAAUGGAUCUGGAACCUUGACAGGGAGCCAUGAUUAUCCAGCCAAGAAGAUGAAAACUACAGAGAAGGGAUUUGGCUUGGUAGCUUACGCUGCAGAUUCAUCUGAUGAAGAGGAGGAACAUGGAGGUCAUAAAAAUGCAAGUAGUUUCCCACAGGGCUGGAGUUUGGGAUAUCAGUACCCUUCAUCACAGCCACGAGCUAAACAACAGAUGCCAUUCUGGAUGGCCCCUUAGGAAACGGUGGACCAGAAUUUUGACCCUCGAUGACUCUUCUUUAGCAAUAAUGCAUGUGUUUGAUUUAUCAAGACUCUGGGGUCCUGUACUGAGAACCAUCUUGGACUUUUGCAGAAGUUAGAGAUACAGUGUCCCCUUGCUAAAGGGGCUCCAUUCUUUUUAAAACAUCCUUAUUUCUGCAGUGGCAUAGCAUCUGUUAAAAUUUACUUAGAAUCACAAACUUGUCUCCGAAGCUUUUUUUUAACAGUGAAUGAAAUGUCCUUGUUCGACAGAGCAUCCCAGCAGGGUCAUUCCCAUAUACAUCUGACUGGGCCCAGCGUUUUCCAUGUGGAGAAACUUUUAUUUGUAUUUUACUACUGCCUAGUCAGUUUUGAUAAUAACUGGUUACAAACAAAGCCUUACCGUUUAUUAGUGGGGAAGUGGUUUUAAGACCAUCCUUUACCUUCAGUACUUAAUUCUAAGAGAUCCUCAUUCAUAUUUCAGUUUUGAACUCUUUCUCUUUGGAAAAUGCCAUUUUACUAAAUUAAAAUUGUUGGAUAUAGCUGGAUCCUGGGUAGGAAAAUGAAGUUAUUUUUUCAUUGUGUCUUUUUAUUGGGAUGAUCCAAAGCUGGCACCUUCAGGCACACUUGUCUCAGAUAGCCAUAGUUCUUUUUUUUUUUUUUUUUUAAUUGCCCUCCUAAGCUCCUUCUUUGUCUUCACCUGGGUCAGAGACAACUACUUGACCAAAAGCUGGUCGGAACUCAUCACAGAAGUGAAACACAGUGGCCUAUCUCUCUCAGAACUGGUUGCAGCUAAAAUAGAGAGAUUUGACUGCACAUGAUAGGAUGGUGGACUUAGUGACUGAAAUUGCAACUUGUCCUUUUUCUUGGCAUUACAGGUUUUGCCAAAAGAACUUUUUUGUAUCAAAUAUUGAUGUGUGAAAGUGAAGGAGCUAGUCUGCUGAACCAGAAGUAGUUUGAGAUACUGAACUGUCAUUUUUGCACAUUUGAAUACUUGCAGGCUGGCUUUGUAUAAACGUGUCGUCUGGUUUCCUAUAUGUUGUAAAUAUUUAGACCAUAAUUUCAUUAUAAAUAAAUGUAUGAAUAUUCUCCUUGGUUUCUGUGUUCCUUUUCUUUCAUAAUCCAGCCAUACACUAAUAGUCAUAAACUUUGGACUUACAGAAUGAUGAAAUUAUAACCUCUUCACCAGAAAAAAAAAAAUUUGGACCCAGAAGUUUGUAUAUAAUUUCAAGGGUUUUAUGACUCUCCAAAGUACAUCUUUAAAGUCCAGAUGAAAACUUUAAACAUCAUUAUGCUAUAAGUUACCCAUUUUUAAAUUUUGUUGUUAGCAGCCAUUAAAUCGAAGCCUUCUCUGUCAGUCUCACACACAAUGGAAGAAAACACUGUCCUGUUUUAUGCCAUGCCCAAGACUGAGUGUAGGUCAGACCACUGUGAUCCAUAGAGUUGUCAUUGGCUUAUUUUUGGAAGUAAAUUGCCAGGCCCUUCUUUUACAUAUUUUAGCUCUCCUGGUUGAUUAAGGCAGCCGGAAAAUUUGUAGGUUUGAGGUCAUCCAGAGGCACCUUAGAAAAAAUCAGGCAUUGAAAAACCUUAUGGAGCAGAAUUGUACUCUGAUACAUGGAGUUGCCAUGAGACAGAAUUGAGUUGGUAGUGUUUCAACAGGAGCUGGGCUCUUUUUUUUUUAAUUGUGGGAAAGGAGGAACCCAGUGAAUGAAACAAAAUUUUAAAGGAAAUGGAAGUUAUUCUUGGAAAGACAUUCUUGAAAGGGAAGUUCCUUCCAGCACCUGUGUGCUACCUCUGUAGAGGAAUAAGCUGGUAGGGCCUUAAGCUAUCACUAUAUUUCAUUCAAGGCCACUUGCAAGCUUUUGAAUUUUACCCUUUUCUGCUGCAGGGUGCUAUCAUUUAUUUAAAACAAAACUGGAUUUUUGUAUACCUUACCUUUCAUACACGUUUAAAAUACACAGGAUAGCUAGAGUAUUGUGAACGUCCGCUUUCAAGACCUCAUCUUGGUUCAAGAGCCAAAGUCAUUGCAGCUGCUCCCUGGGGGGAAAUUUCCUCUAUCUGCUGUUAAAAACAGGCUUUUUUUUUUUUUAUCUCAAUCCUGUUGUUUGGGAAGAUUUGGUGUCCUUUUCCUCUCUUUUAUUACAUUUGGUCAGAUUUUUUUUUCCCCACGAGCAGCAAACAGCGCUGAGCGAGUUGUUAUUCAGUGUUUAUACCUUCCUACUACCUUCCUUUUUCUCUUGAAUUUUCUGAAAAUAGUUCCUGUCAUCUCGACACCACAACUUAAUAAGAGCUCGGCUGCUACCCAAAAGGCCAGCUGUUCAAAUCCACCAGCUGCUCUGUAGAAAUCCAACGGGGCAGUUCUACUGUGUGCUACGGGGUAGCUAUGAGUUGGAACCCACUGAGGGCAAGUCAAGAACGGGGUACCCGACC